CAGCGUUUUAACAGUUCCGUCUGAUAUCACUUUUGCUCGCUAUCCUGGGAUUGAAGAGUUACAGUUAUGGCACCCAAAAAAGCAAAGAAGAGGGCAGAAGGAGCCAAUUCAAAUGUCUUCUCCAUGUUUGAGCAGACACAAAUCCAGGAGUUCAAAGAGGCUUUCACAAUCAUGGACCAGAACAGAGAUGGCUUUAUCGACAAGAAUGACCUGAGGGACACGUUCGCAGCUUUAGGCCGUCUGAACGUCAAACAGGAGGAGAUCGAUGAGAUGCUGAAGGAGGCUCCAGGGCCCAUUAAUUUCACCGUCUUCCUCACCAUGUUUGGAGAGAAGCUGAAAGGGGCAGAUGCAGAAGAGACAAUCCUGAAUGCUUUCAAAGUGUUCGACGGUGAGGGAAAGGGGACACUGAAAACGGAUUUUUUGACAAAGAUGUUGACGACACAAGCAGACCGAUUCACUCCGGAAGAGAUGGAGCAAAUGUUUAGCGCGUUCCCUCCAGACGCAGCAGGUAAUCUGGAUUAUAAGAAUCUGGUCCACAUUAUCACACACGGAGAAGAAAAAGACCAGGAGUGAAAAAUCUCCUGUCCACGCACCAUCUAACAAAACAUGCUUUAUUCAGAGUAUGGGAAACAAAUAUUGCUGAUCUCUCUUUUUAACAAAAAUAUUAGAGGUGGCUUUGAUUUUAUGUAUACAGAAAUGUUUUUGUUGCAAAAUCAAGACUUUAAUAGUGAACCCAAAUGAUAUGCAGUGCUAAAUAAAAAGUUAUUUGUGAGAAAUGCUCCAGCAUUUGUUUUCAGAUGACACUUUGAUAUUGUGUUAAAUAAUGCAAUGAUGAUAAGAGAUUUUAUG